AUGUGUCUCUCUCUGCGUGUAACCUCUCGCAUCAUGGACCUCAGGUUGGCCAUCACUUGGUGUGUUCGUUUCAGGACCCUUUGCGCUCGCCAACAGCCAUUCACCAGCACUGCUCCAUUUUUCCUGCAUCAGAGUUGCUCGUCGUCGCCUUCAGCUGGAUUCGAUCCUGCUCACCUUGUGCCUGCCUCCAGACUUUCCCUCCCUUUGGGUCUCCAGUUCAAAACCCAGAAAAACUGUUUGGAACCAAGGUUCCAUGGGUUCCUGAUGACCAAGGAAGAUGGAAAGAGGUGCUAUGGAUUUUCUUUGGUUUUCUACGAAGAAGUACGAUAUAGGAACAUUUGUAAUGCCAUGCACACCCUACAGGCGAUGCAUCUAACCGAAUUAUCCAGUGGCCAAGGUAUAGUGCGCCCUAAAGGGCCCCACUCAAGAUCACUGCCCCGUCAUUUGAAAUUGAUGUCACCACACUCCGGCUCUGCCUUGACUUACUAUGAUGUUGCCAAAGAUAAAUUAUUCGUUUCCAAAAGCAUUGUGAUACUUACCCAAGAAUGCUACUCUUAUGUAGCUGAAAUAUUCCUCACCAACUUGUACAAAAGUCUUCCACGUCAACCUGGUCCAGGUCUAUCUCCAGAGGCGUACAUAUAUAAUUUGUUGUACGAUGCAGCACCACCACAUCCUGGAAAAUCCGUAAGACUUUUUCUACCGCCUCCAAAUCCAUCAGGAGCACCUUUGGCUGCUGUUAUGCAGAAACCUGGUUUAAACGAGUUACCACCUUUGCAUUAUCCUUUAAGGACUUUGUUUAAGUUGCUGGGGGUUGAAAAUGUUGUUCAGCUGUUCACGUGUUUGUUGCUCGAGAACCAAGUUCUCUUAAGAUCCAGUGAUUGUCAACGUCUGAUGGUAGUCGCAGAAUGCAUCACAGGUUUACUAUUUCCAUUCGCCUGGCCUCAUGUUUACGUACCUGUUUUACCUGCAUCGUUACAUCACUUUCUGGAUGCACCUGUACCAUUUGUAAUGGGUUUGCAUGCAGAAGCUGAUUCUAUACUGAAAAUUGGUUCAGAAGCUGCCUUGUGUUUCGUAGAUAUAGACAAACCUUUACUCCAACUUCCUGAAGAAAUUCCAGUGUUUCCACACAGAACGUUUAUCCAGGAACUCCAAGCUGUCUUGGAUAAACACCAGGUUGUUUGCCAUCAGGAUGAGGUUGUCACUAAUCAGCAAACUGUUGUUCAGAACCAGUUUGCUGGUGGUAAUGCUAAAGUUGAUGUUAUGACUGCCAGUUGUACUUUACCGUCAGGUAUGCAUUUAAGGCGUAAACAUUCUCUGCACGAUGUUCUGGAUUGGGACAGACCCAAUUCACCAGAUGUCGAGAACCAGAAACCUCCAAAACAUGAUGGUAAAUUUGGACCGAGGUCUGAAGCUUUGCAGAGGGUUAGACGAACAGGUGAUGUAGAUUGUGCAGUUCCUCCGUCAUCACCAAAAGGACCUCUACCACCGAUGGAACAAUAUUGCGAGGACAUGAGAUUGAAUAAUGCUAUACGGGAAAUAUUUCUGAACAGAUUUGUACAAAUGUUUGCAGCUUACGAGCACUUUGUGAUAUAUCCUCAAAAUACUGAGGAACAAGGAUCUCCAAACUCAUCCCUGCACAGUUUCGACAAAGCAUCAUUCUUAUCAGACCAGCCUUUACUACACAGACAAUUCUUAUCGAGGUUUUUGGAAAGUCAAAUGUUUGCUUCUCUGAUCGAUCACAAAGCCCAACCUUCAUCAGAUCACCCACAUCCUAGUCUGGGAGUCUUCGAACACAGACUGAACCUCUUAAAGAAACGUUACGGUGGAGACAGUCUGUCCAGGAGUCCCAAUUACGAGCCUUGUACUUGUUCAAGGGAGUCCCAAAGGGCACUCGAUAGAAGGUUGGCAAGUGCUGAUUUUGAGGCACCACCUCCGAGGGAAUUGCUACCAAAUAGACCAGCUUAUUUUAGGUCUUUUCCUUUGCUGGACAAAAGUGUGCUCAACCAGGACAGGCCUAGGAAUUCCAAUAGUCUCAGAAGGAUCAAACAAAGUCACAAAAAUCAGGGAAUAAGGGAACCCCCGGACGGAAACGAGGAUAGUGGUAGUAAAUUGUCACUUCCACCUAGUGAAUUAAAUCCUGCAAUCCUUGCUCAGGCUAAUUGGACAUUUGUUGAAAAACUACUAAAGGAUUGUAAAAGUAGGACGAAAAGGAUGCUCUUAGAGAAAUUAGGACCAGAAGCAGGAACUUUGGGUCUAAGCAAUGGAGGUCUCGGAGGCGUCGAAGAAAGCACCCUUGUUUCAUCCCUUUGUGACCUUCUGGAAAGGAUUUGGUCACACGGAUUGCAGGACAAAAAGGGCAAAUCUGCCCUCUGGGUGCACCUUACAAGUUACCAAGAAUUGCAAAAGGGUGAUGAUCUCAAAUCUACUGACCCGAAUUUUUUAACACCUGAUUUAUCCACGAUGACCAUCGAAGACGCCUCGACGAGUACAAAAGACAGUCCUAGGGACGAAACCAAAAAUUUAACAGAAAAACAACUAAAACCUUUACCAGAAUCUCUAAUAUUCGAUAUAAGGAAUAUCCAAGCAAUGACAGACAUAAAGACCCACAUAGGUUACGCAAGAGCAUGGGUCAGAUUAUCCUUAGAAAAAAAGUUGUUGUCGAGACAUCUGAGGACUCUAUUAUCCCAAGGAUUGCUCCUAAAAACUCUAUACAGGCGUUGUGCUUUUUUGAGAUGCGAAGACGAACGGGAACAGUUUUUGUACCAUUUGCUGACUCUAAACGCUGUGGAUUAUUUUUGUUUUACCAAUACGUACCCCACAACGACUUUACCUUAUCGUGUGAUAAUUUUCCCUUCGAGGAAAUCAAGUGCAGCGAGCAGCACCACUGCCAAUUGUUACAUUGUGAUCUCGGGGACAAUUUCUGAAACCCAACACAUACCCAUACCUAAAGGCUCUCUAGAAUUCGUAUUUAAUCAUAAAAAUCUGGGAAUUUUGACGACUUUGAGGAUAGGUCAUGAUAGCACAGGUUUAUCGGCCAAUUGGAAAGUUGAGAAUGUUCUUGUACGAAACGAAGUUACUGGACAUUCUUAUAAAUUUCCCUGUGGUCGUUGGCUAGGACGAGGCAUAGACGACGGUUCUACCGAACGACUCCUGGUAGGAACCCUGGUGCCUUCGACGGUGCCAUCUAAGGACCUAGUGGUCGCCUGCAGCACGCCUCCGAGGUCAAGGUCACCUUGUGCAGCAGGAGGAAGCACCGUCUUGAAACCGUCCGACAUUCAAACCAUGAUAAGUGAUUGCGUUAAUGUUUUAGUAAAAUGGCACUACAAACCCAGUAGACACAGAGAUGUUAGUACUUUAACAACUCUCUUGUGUGGAGAAAACGGUCUGGUCAAAUCUUUGCAGCAGGCGUUCCUGUUCGGUUUUCGUUCGUCCAGGCUUUUUGGACGCAACUUGUAUUUAUGGGAUUAUUUUGUUCGUGUUAAAGAAGAAUUCGAAGCGAACCUAGUCGAAGAUUCUUUGGCGGCAGUUCGUGGUUCGGCGACUCCUCAGAACCAACAAGAAGUGGCGGCCGUUUGGAGGUGCUACUGCCAUUUGGUGGACGAGAUACAAAACGCAUCACAUUGUCAUUCUUUGGGCAAAGAUGGGAAAUUCCAGCUUUUUAUUUGUCUCAGCUUGAGGGAGCAUUUACUCCACAGAAUGUUGCAACCGAUGGCUGCAACCAAAUUAACAGCAGAAAUGUACGAAGAGCAGUCUUUCCUACGUCGAAGAGGCCUUCUAACAUUUUUGAGACAAAUUUUGGAGCCUUUAGACGAGUUUCAUAUUGUUUUGGAAAACUCUAUAACCCAAGGUAUACCUUCACAUUGUUAA